AUGAUUGCCAGUAGCCCGGUCCGGAACGAUCUAAAUCUCAUGUGUCCUAGCUCAGGAAUAGACAUACAACAGGUUCCCGGUGCACCGUACUGGAAACCACCGACGGAAAUGCCCAGCCGACCAGGAUCUCAAUGCAAUAGUGGUGGACCUAUGGGUAAUAAUGGUCUGAACAAUGCCGGAGCCAACAGUAUACUAUUUCAACCGAACAGUCCUUACAAUCCGAUGAAGUCCAAAUUGUCCCGUCCACAGACAGCCACAAGCGCAUGUACAACCACGUCCACUUCGUCUACCAGUGCGAAUUCUUUAUCCAUCACGGAUCCUUCAAUGUCCUCCUAUCCAGGACCAGUGGGCUCUUUGAUCGGAGGCUCUUCGAACCCACUUCUCCCUCCGUUCAAUGGCAUGAACACAAACAGCACGCUGAACAUGCUUCCCCCGGUGGACCAACCCCCAUGUCCAUCCGGAUCCGCAGUUCCACUGUCAACCGCAUCAACCGACCGGGGAGCACGUUUUGGGUUGGUUUUACCAAAUCCGCAACACGGUUUGAACAUGCUACAGCAAGGUUUCCUUGAGGAACCCACAAUACCGGCUUUUCAACAACUAAUGUCCAACUUUGACACAACAGACACAGCUCAAGGCUUGAGUGUUCCAACAGCAAGUAUCCUUCAGACAAGCUCUAUGUAUUCCAAUCCACAUGAUUUCCCUAAAACCCCGUCUACUUGUGCGGAUGGAUUACUUUUGUCUCCAACAAUCAGCAAUCAAAUCCCGCCAAACGUCUCGAUCCCAUCACGUGGCGAUUUCACAAUGUCGAACAACUCCAAACUAGAUUCAUUACUUGGUGCUGGCGGUCACGGAAUCAUGCCAUCAAGUUCCAAUUUUGCCAAUCAAGUAACUUCCAGUAGCACAAACGGACUGGCCCUAUUUGCCCCACAACUGAGUAACUCGAAUCAUUCGCCUCUCCGUGCUCCAAGUCCAACUCCAUUCAAUCUAAAUUUGUUGUCCAAUACAGCACCACCGACUGGCUUUGCCGGUUCCGGGUCCUAUUUACAUCCAGGUCUUUCACAGGCUCCACUUGGAGCAUCUUCUCGGGCCCCUUUGUCCACCUAA